AAUAUUCUAUCCUCUAAGUGUUUUAAAGUAAAGGGGAUAUUGUCUAAAGCGUCUCAAACACACUGAAGAAAGAAAAUAUGUCGGACAGAAAUCCAGGGAUUGAGUUUGAUGCUAGUUGGUUGGAGCAUGUUUAUGUUAAUUUGCCAGCUGUAAAGAGAAGAGCAGAAACACUUGGCACAAGAAGAUGUGUGAAAAAACAGUGGCAGUCAGCCUGGUUACUAAGAGCAGUGACAUGUAUAGAUUUAACAACUUUGUCAGGUGAUGACACAGCGAGUAACGUGUCCAGACUUUGUUUCAAAGCUGCAAAUCCUGUGCGAGAUGACUUGAUCAAAGGACUACAGAUGGAAGAUGCAGGUAUUACUGUAGGAGCAGUUUGUGUUUACCCUAGCAGAGUAGCUGAUGCUGUUAAAGCUUUAAAGGCAGCCAAUGCUUCUCAUAUACCUGUUGCUUCUGUGGCAACGGGAUUCCCUACAGGACAGACGCCAUUAAAGACCAGACUAGAGGAGAUCCGAAUGGCAGUUGCUGAUGGUGCUAGAGAAAUAGAUAUUGUUAUAAACAGGGAAUAUGCUUUGACUGGAAAUUGGAGAGGAGUGUAUGAAGAAGUAAAAGCAAUGAGAGAAGCCUGUGGAGAGGCUCACUUAAAGACAAUCUUAGCAACAGGGGAACUGGGUAACAUGGUCAAUGUUUACAAAGCCAGUCUCGUAUGCAUGAUGGCAGGUGCUGAUUUUAUCAAGACAUCUACUGGUAAAGAAGGAGUGAAUGCUAUCUUCCCAGUGGCAUUAGUAAUGGUCAGGGCUAUCAGAGAAUUUUAUCAGAAGACUGGAUAUAAGGUUGGAUUUAAACCGGCUGGUGGAAUAAGGAGCGCUAAAGAUUCCUGCACAUGGUUGAUCUUGAUGAAGGAAGAGCUAGGUGAUGAAUGGUUGAAUGGCCAUCUGUUUAGACUUGGUGCUAGCUCUCUACUUAUUGACAUAGAAAGACAACUGUUUCACCAAGUCUAUGGUCGUUAUGCCGCUACACAUGAGAUACCCAUGUCAUAAUACUGUAACUACCUCUUCAUAAAUAAUCGCCUAACUUUGUUCUCCUAAAUAAUCCCUAGAAUCUGAAGUAAAUUGAUAUGACCAUGUACAAUCAAACCUGUAUAUAAUGAUUUUCUUUGUGACAAAAGAAAAUUUACCUUAUAAGAGUGAUGACUUCUGAAUUGAGGUUCAAAAUGCAUCGUUUUAAAAA